AUGAUUAUUUAUUUUUCAGACAAUUCCUUCAUCUUGCGGUUGUUUCCGUGGCGCUUUUGCUACUCACCGCCCUUCUCCAGCCAAAACAACUCCCUUUCUUACAAGAGCCAGCGAGCGCUUCCCUCCGCCUGCGGGCGCUUGUCCCUCCUCGCCCGCCUUACCCACGUGGGCUGUGACGGCCGUAAGGUUCCUUCCUGGGGAUUCCCCUUGCGCACGUGUGCGUCAUGCCCGAUGUCUGCCUCCCGGCCACCUCCGGUGCUUCUGGGCUUGUGCGAUGCCGCCGUCCCCGCCGCCGCUGCCAGCUCCUGCCAGAGCCGCCUUCGGUUCCAGGGAGUGGCGAGCAAGCUGGGCGGAGCUCCGGAUCAUGUCCCUUUGGUUACUUUGGCUCGGCCUUUCUGUGGGAUUUGCAGGGCUGGUUUGAUGCAUGUUGUGCAGCUGUAUUGCCCUCUUGAAGGCUCCCCAUUCCAUCGUGUCCUUAGUGUGUUUGCCUGUGCAAUGAAAAGCUGCUGGGGGAAAUCCGAAAGCUGGAAGGUAUUACGGUCCCAAUAUUUGGAAGUGCAAGGAAAAGAAAUGCAAGACUGCAAACCAAAGCAGAAGCAAGAAAGUCUGGUUGUGGCCAAGGAUUGGUGUGAUGGAGCGGAUGACUGGGGAGAAGACAGUGACGUGGCCUUGUCUCAGGACACGUGCUGCCCAAGCCCUGGCUUGCUUGCAGCGUCAGAUCCCUUCCCCGGAGAAGGAGACUGUGCAUCUCGGUUGCAAGGUCUUAGCCUGCAAGAAGCCUCAGGAAUCUCCCAUCUCUCAUGCUCCGAUAAUCCAACUGGGGAAGAGCAAAAUGUUCCCAUGUGGCAACCCUACUACAUCAGCGCUGUGGAGGAAGAAGAUUGCCUUGCCUACAAUGAUACGGAUCACGCCCAAAAACUUUUGAAGGAGUAUCAGCAGAGGGAGGGUGUUGAUUUGGAACAGUUGAUGUCAGAAAGCAACAUGGCUGAGAGUUGUGGCGAGAAAUACGAGAAGAGUGAUGUUGAAAAGAGAGGCGAGGUGUUCCACAAGUUUAUGAAAAGGAUCGCUCCUUGUCAAGAACAGAUCUUAAGGUAUUCCUGGGGUGGCCAGCCUUUACUUAUAACCCGCCCCUCGACAGACAUCAAGGCUGUUGUCCCGCCCUGCGGGAACUGCCAAAGCAAGAGAAUCUUUGAAUUUCAGCUUAUGCCCGCUCUGGUCAGCGUGCUGAAGUGUGGAGAUGAAGAUCUGUCAGUGGAGUUUGGAACAGCACUGGUAUACACGUGUGAGAAGAGCUGCUGGCCAACUAACCAUUCAGCGCCCCUAGAAGAAUUUAUUUUUGUACAAGAAGAUCCAGAUCAGAAGCUAUUUAAAUAGAUCCUAU